AUGGAACUCGACGCUUCUUCCAAAACUGUACAAUCUUCACACACACCACAUGCGGCGCUCGUGAGCCCCGCGCCGCAGACGAACAUCUGCCCCAGCGCUUGCGACGUCAAAACCAUCAACGACCUCGCGCGCUUGCUCGAAGGCGCGACGCUUAGUGACGCUGCGAAGCGGUUAUCCGCGUCACUCGUCGCGCUCGUCGCGCAAGACAACUUAGUGGUCGCGCAGCGCCUUCUUGAUCACGCCGCCGCGCGCGCGCGCGCGGUCGCCGACCUCGCGGCGGCGAGCGAUUCCUUCGUGUCGUUCGAGAACGACGACGACGACGACGCACCGCCCGCGUACGCGCUGAGCGACGGCGAGGCGGACGACGCCGAGCUCGCGGAGGCCGCGCGCCACGCGGAGCAGCCCGAGGGGGUCGUCACUCGCAUGCGGUCGCGCCGCGCCGUCGCUGUCGUGACGCCGGACUCGGAUUUGAUGGAGCUGUCCGUGGAGUCCACCAUGGAUGUCUCCAACUCGGCGGCCGUCGGCACGACGGUGAUCGUUUUCGGGCCGAACUCCUUCUUCACGUUCACGGGCCUCGCGUACGAGACCGAGCGGCGCGAGGCCAUGGAGCUCGCGCACCGCGCGGGCGCCCAGACGCUCGUGACCCUGUGCCUGUCGACGACCUACCUGGUCGUGGGGUCGCGCGAGGGCACGCGGAAGCGGCGCUACGCGGAGGGCAUUCACGAGGCGGAGGUCGUCUCGCUCGACGUCUUUACCGCCGCGGCGCAGGCCGC